UUGAAGUAGUUACAUAUACUAGUCGACCUUGUACAUAAGGUAGUAACAUUGUUUGUUUUAGCCUUUUUCACAUUGGCGAGAGAUGAUUGGCAAAAGCCAAAAUUCCUUGGCGGACGAUAUGGCCUCGCCGCCUUACGGCAAGGAGGUGCUGAUAGGCAACUGGGCGGAGCGCCGCUACGCAGUGGAGGAGCAGAGCAAUGCCAUCCUGCCAGGACUCCGGGUGAGCGGCUGCGAGCUCCAUAGGUCGCUCUGCCAGGACACCUACACCACUGCACCCUUCGUUGGCGCCGAGACUGUACCCUUGUUCGUGGAUCAUCGCAAGUUGGCUUACCAUAACUUUAUAAGGAAUAGGCGAUCGUGCUUGAACCUGGUGGACGAUGAGCUGCUCAAAAGGAACUUCACUACCACCAACACCCUGGAGUUCCAGGAGAUUCCUCGACUGCGUCUUAUUCACGCGAACCGGGAAAAGGACAAAAGCGGUCCUCCGAAGCAGCCGGCGGACGUGGACAGACUGCAGGCCUUCGGAAAUCUGACGAAGACUCACAACUACCUCUUUCGGUUCAAGUGCGACAAAAUUCUGGAAGAGAUCAGCAACAUGCAGACCACCUACUCCUCCAGCUUUAACCGCCCAUUGGAAAAAAAGCCAAUCUUUGAAUUCGGUCCAGACUACGACGGAGUCGUAAAGUUCGACUUGACGUGCUAGCUGCCGGAACUACCUUUUCUGCUCAGAAAAGUAUGGGUAUGGGCAUCUAGAAAUGUCCCAAUUAAAAAUUGCAAGUGUGAUCCCAAAGAAACGCGUUUCCCUAUA